ACCUAAGGUAGCACAAACCCCUCGGCGAUUCGCGUGUAAGAGAGCAUCGGGGGUCCGCGGGCUUUCAAGGCUUUGAGGCAGGAACCUCCCUCUGGCUACAUUACAAAUCAGAAUUCCAACGACGUAAUUGUGAAAAUUAGUGACAAUUAGUAUCAUUUCCAUCUAUCAAUUCAUCACCCCAAACGAUAAGAAACUCUUGCAAGAAAAAUGGCUCUAGAGACUAUCGCAUUUAUCCUCGGAGCUCUGACCGCAGGCGGCGGUACGAUGGGCUAUGUUAAGACGGGCUCCCUACCUUCGGUUGCAGCUGGCUGGACCGUUGGAAUAUUGUACGGCCUCGGAGGAUAUCGCCUACAAUCGCGCCAGUCCUACGGUAUCGAGUUUGCCCUCCUAGCAUCCAUUGUUCUUGGAGGCGCAUCUAUCCCUCGAGCUCUCCGAAGCGGAAAGCCGGUCCCGACUGUGCUGAGCUUGAUCUCCAUAUUCGGUCUAUUGGUCUUUGGUAAUGCUUAUAGAAAGACUCUAUAAGGGAGGAGCUGGUUGAUGGGACCUUCGGACGUAGGCAAAACGACGAUAUCGGUUUGAUGGUGGAUAGCGUAUUAAAAUCGUUCCAAAUAGCACAAUUGUUAAACGAACAAUCACUCUCCCACACGAUUCCUAAAAACGUAAUCCAUUUGAGGAGAGAAUGUCGCUUAAUUAUCUCCUGUAAAAGCCCUGCCUAUAUGAGCCACGCCAAACCUUAUAUGCCUUUUUAAACGCCAUGCUAUGCAAUACAAGCGCCACGGCCAUCAGCUUUGCUUUCGUAUUAUACAGACGAUAGUCGGGAUUUCUCAUUGUGCGCGCGCUAUGAGUUCUCGUCGAUGUCGUCCCAUAACCUUUUCACUUCGUCGCGUUUAGAUCUGGCUAUUCCUCGAUUGUUUGCAGUGCGCUUUACUCGUUCGGCUCUUAGACAUAACGUGAGUUUAUCUUUGGUAUCGGAACACAUGCCCAAUGAUUUCCAGAGAAAGCCUUUGGCGUGGCAUUCUUCAAGGGCAUUCAUAAUGUCCUCGCAAGCAGUGUUGUCUUUUGUGUGUAAGUGAGGAUGCAUCUUUGAUUAGUUCCAAAACUGCUCUGGUGAUGUUGUAGGAAAGAUAGGAAGUGGGUUGAAUUCUCACUGGCCACUCUCC